UUUCAGAAUGCGAUUAAACCUACUUCUACUACUUCUAUUUUAUUUUGCACAUGGAUCUGUGGUUCCCAAUGUAGACCAGAAAAUUCUACGCGGGGAGUUCCAUGACGAGGGAAAGUUUAUGGUGGAUUAUGAGGAUAAUUCGCAAAAUUUGACCGAUUAUGCGAGCCGAAGAAGCAGUGAUGACGAUAAAAUAACUCCAGAAGAACAAAAAAGGCGUGGAAAUGACAGUACAGAAGUUUCAGAAGAUGAUGAUUCAAGUGAUAUAAGUGAAGAAAGAGAAAGAGACAGUGUGGAUCAUCAACAUCUCAAAUCUCUGACCGCCAUCAAACCUGAAAAACAUCAACCAGUGGCUGGUGUAAUCAACUCUGCAUUCAAUGACAGAAAGACAUUCUCCUGUCCUCGUAUCAAAACUGAACUUUUGACUGGAACGAAUGUUGGAAACAUAUCUCCUGAAGAUAUAACAAUCAUUGCUGCAAUGGGAGAUGCUCUCGCAACUGGAAUUGGAUUAUGGCCAAAUGCGGAUAUCGAGUUUCGAGGUGCCAGUUUCCCGAUUGGUGGAGAUUCUACUAUAGAUGGAUUGAUCACCAUUCCAAAUAUUCUGAGGGAGUUCAGUCCAAAAUUAGUCGGCGUAUCUCACGGAAUGGGAGCCGAUCUUCCGAAUCAUCAGCUUAACGUGGCGGUUACCGGAGCAACGACCGAAGAUCUUCCAGAUCAAGCAAGACGAUUAACACGCAGACUGAAAAAAUUAUCAGAGCUAGAUUAUCAUAAUGAAUGGAUUAUGAUAAUUAUUACUAUUGGGACAGAAGAACUUUGCUCUCGAUGUGAAGGACCUUCGUAUGAUAACAUUAGAAAAGCUAUUGAACAUCUGCAAAUAGAAAUUCCAAAGGCUUUGGUUGUUCUUUUGGGACCUGUUCAUGUAUCAUCCUUCCACGAGCAGAAAUCAAAUCUUUUGAAAGCCCGUUGUGCAUGUUCUCGAGACCAAACCGAAGGGUUCAUGUAUGAUGUGUCUCGAAAAUGGUCCAAAGUUUGGCGAGAUGUUCAAAAAUUUGUGGAGAAUGGAGUUACAGCCAGACCAACAUUCGGAAUGAUCAGUUAUCCAAUGGUAACUAUAACCUCAAGAUAUCCAAGUGGAUUGUUCAUUCGAGAUAAGCCAUUAUUGAAUCGAAGAGGUCAUAAUUACGCGACGAAGUGGUUAUGGAAUAGGCUGAUUGGCGGAGAUUUAUAUAAUCUUUCCUCGGCUACACUUUCCCAGGAUAACUAUUUUUGUCCUUCUGUUGGUUGUCCGUAUUUCCGAACGUAUGAGAAUCACAAGAGAUGUUCCACUAUGAGCCUUCAACAAGCAAAAGAAGAAUUAAUUGAUAUAAAUGGGACUUUUACAAAGCCUCGUCGACGCUCGGUUCGGUUCUUGUACAACGUGGCAAUGGUGGUUAUAGGUGCAGCCUUUUGUGCUGCCUGCCUGCUCGGAACUUUCUUUUAUCAAAAAUCCAAAGCGGGUAAUCAUGGACGGUUCGAGAUUGUGGAGGAACCACAGAAAAAACUGGAAGAAGCGCAGAAAGAAGAGCAAAAGGCGCUGCUUACAAGACAAAAUACUCGAGCACAAUCUGAACAGGCGACAACUCCAACUGGUAUCCAGCUUGCACCAAUUCCUGUCGGACGUCACAAAUCAUUUUUAGGAACAAUCAACGAAGGAAACCCGGAUGUAUAAAUCUCAAAUUGAGAAUUCAUUCGAUUUAUAUUUAGUUAGUAAUUGCUGUAUUUUCAUCUUGUCAUCACUCACUCUCUGUAAUUUUUAUCCAAUUAUCCUGUAAAUUUAUCAUUUACAUCCUUGAAUUCAUUCCAACCCAGUUUUGCUUUACAACCUCAGUUUUAUGGCAUUUGUAAAUAAUUUAUGCCAAUCAAUUCCGAAAAUCUAAGUCACUUUCAACCUCCAGUCAACAGAGUUCCCUACGUACUUUACGAUUAGUUUUUUUGCAUUUAUAUCAUUUAUUACUUUAACGAGUUCCCUAAAAUUGUGCCUUCAAAACCUACAUUUCACUUAUAUUCCGUGUUUUUCAUUGUUCUCCUUUGUGAUAAAUGAUUGUAUUU